AUGGCUUCUGUUUCUCCACCAAAGCCAUGGGAGCGAUCUAAUACCCCUAACACAUCUGGUAAAUCCUCUUGUCUUUGGCAACUUAGAGACCUAUUAAUGUGCUUACUAGUCAAUGUAGGAACCACUCUACCAAUAACAAACCAGCCGUCUGCUGCUCUCCCCUUGCGUACUGUAUCAGCCGCUUCUUCCAGUUCCUUAUCUUCUUCUUCAUCCUCAUCUCAACCCCCUGCUCUCCCUUCGAAGCCUACUGCCUUGACUUCUUUAGUGAGCCAGACAGCGUCCAACCAUUCACCCUUGGGACCAUCUCGGCUUGGGGCUGGACCCUACGGUGGAUAUGGGUACAAUUCAUAUUCAUCGCCGUACUCACGUUUCGGGGGCAUGUAUGGCGGUGGUUAUGGAGGUAUGUAUGGGAGUUACGGCGGAAUAUACGGCGGAAUGCAGAACGGCGGUGACCCAAACAGCUUGACACACUCUUUUAAUCAAAGUACUCAAGCGACCUUUCAGAUGAUCGAAAGUAUCGUUGGUGCCUUUGGAGGAUUUGCACAAAUGUUAGAGAGCACAUACAUGGCAACACACAGCUCUUUCUUUGGUAAGUAG